AUCUUGUCUUUAGGUGUCAGUAAAGAUCCGUUUAACGAUCUAAUCAGCCUGAAAGAGGAAGAAGAAGAACCAAAGAGCCAAUCAGAGUCCACGGCUUCAUAGUGAACCUUGUUUUGAGAUUUCUCUCACUUUCUCAGCUUUUUUGUUGACUUUGAUUUUGCUUUUUUGAGGACGAACUUGAACAUUUGCUACGGUUAACUUAACUUUCGUGCGAUAAAAUGAAGCUAACAGACAUUAAGAAGUUAAAAGUGAAGGAGCUGAGGUCCACACUCACAGCACUCGGUUUGGACCCCAGAGGGCUGAAGGCUGAGCUGGUGGACAGACUGUGGUCUGCAUCGCAAGCGAGACAGGGUUCGGGAAUUUUAGAGGAGACGAAACAAGCAAACGAGAGCGCGCUGACACCGUCAGUACCGGAGCAGACCGUCGAACCCCAGUCAGUGAGUCAUGGUGUUACUGCGCGCUGUGAAGUAGACCCUGUCAGACAGUACACAAACACGUCCACUCAAACAGAACCAGAACCGUCAGCAGUACAGCCUGGUUCUCAGUGUUUUUCAACGCCUGAGCUCGUUUGCCAGACAGACGAAGGAGGGCUGGGACCUACAGAAAGUAUUACUUCAGAGAAUAUUAGCAGAGGAAGAGCUUUCUAUGAGUUUAAAGAGGAGAUACGAUAUAAAAGAGCCAAAUCACCUCAGCCCCCCUCGGAGAAGGAAGAUGCAGAGGUCCGUGAUGUAGAUAAAGUUCGAUUAGACACAUAUGGUUGUCACCUCCACUUUGAGGUGGGUCCGGAUGGAUCCUGUGGGCAGCCACGAUUCUGGGACCGGUUCCCCUCGCUGUGGUCUGGCUGCAGGCUCAGCCACGGCGUGCAGCAGGGCCGGGUGGGCUUUGAGGUCAGGCUGGACAGGAAGUUGUUGAGUGUAGAGGCAGAAGACCAGGAGGUCAGAGAGCCGUAUGGACUGAGAGCGGGCUGGUCCGUGGUUGACACCUCUCUGCUGCUGGGUGAAGAUGAACUAUCUUUUGCUUAUGAUGGGCGCGGUAAAAAAGUUUGUGGUGGAAAAGAAGAGGAGUAUGGCGAACCUUUCUCUGAAGGAGACAUUAUUGGCUGUUACGCUUCGUUUUCAAACGAUGGUGCUGCUGAGCUCUUUUUCCAGAAGAACGGUCGCGUCAUGGGUGUUGCCUUUUACCUGGACGCCCCUGUGCUGCUGGGUCAUCCCCUGUUCCCUCACGUCCUCUGUAAGAGCUGCUCGGUCCAGUUGCUGCUGGAUCCUGCAGCUCCUCAGUGGUACCCCGGCCCACUGGGGUUUACUCCGCUGGCAGCGCUCCCUGCCGGGCAAAGAGUUUGCUCCUCAUCAGCUCCUGCCUCCAGAGCACAGAGUGAGGUGGUGAUGAUGGUGGGACUUCCUGGUUCUGGGAAAAGCCACUGGGUCCGAACCCACGUGCAGAAACAUCCAGAGAAGAAGUACAAACUGCUGGGAACAGAGGAGCUGCUGGCAUGUAUGAUUAGUGGUGGUCACAGAGAAAACAGGCUGCAGCAGGCUUCUCAGUGUCUGACCGAACUGAUCAAGAUGGCAGCAGAAACUCCUGGAAACUACAUCCUCGAUCAGUGCAACGUCCUUUUCUCCGCACGCCGUCACAAGCUGCAGCUGUUCGCAGGCUUCAGGCGCCGAGCUGUGGUGGUCUUCCCUGCAGCAGACGAGUGGAGAAGACGACUGCUCGAGCACCGAACGAAAAACGGGGAGCACGUCCCUGAGACGGCUCUGCUCAAACUCCAAGUUAGUUGCAGUCUUCCAGAGGAACAAGCCGACCUGCUGGAGGAGCUGCAGUUUGUUGAACUGCCACAGGGACAAGCACAAGCGCUCCUGAAGGAGUACCAGGACGAAGCUCGCAGACUGCUGCCCCCUGUCCCCCGACGAGAGAGAAAGAAGCCACGAUUUUACAAGAAAAGACAUCCCCUUCACCUCCCCCCACCCUCACACAGGACUCAGUGGACCGGGCCUUAUGGUCAAUGUUGGAACGAUGGAGGAGCCGACGAGCAAACAUGGAGCCAGCAGCCAGGAUAUUGGAACAACAAAAACUCUGCUUACAGUUACUGAUGAAGAAACCUGAAAACCAGAAGCUGCUGCCGAGGAUGAUGAUAAUAAUAAUAAUAAUGUUGUCAAAAAUCAAAUAUCAGCAAGUUUUUAAUCAUUUUCUGCGUUGACAUUCAAAGAUUUGUCAUUUCAUUGACAAAACAUAAUUUUAAGAAUAUUUGUAUUCAAAGUAUUUUGAUACAUUUAAAUUAGUUUUGUACACAGUACAAAUAUGACUAAAAUUACAGUAUUUUUUGCAGUUUUAACACUAUCGCCAAAGUGAAUAAAGCUAACUUGGACACGU